AUGAGAUGCUUCUGGAGCUCUGUUUCUGUUUCUGUUUCGGUGGAUUCUAGAUUCGUCGCCGUGGAUGACGACGGAGGCGAGAUCGGAGUUGCGGUGGCGGGUUUGACGGCGAGGUGUAGUGAAGCGGAGAAUAAAGCGGCGGUUGUGGUUAGGGUUACGAAGGUGGUUUUGAGAAGAGAAGGUUUAGGGUUCGAUGAUGACGAUGAUGAAGAGGAAGCUCUAAUGGAGCGAGACGGUGGAGGCUUUUGUAGGAUUUGGUAUGAAUUUGGUUUGGGUUGGAAUCUAAUGUGA